ACGCGGACUCUUCUCCCUCCGUCUGUCUGCCUCUUCCCUCACUCCUCUCCGGCCUCUCGGACUCACUCACGCGCACGCUCCUCUUCUCGCACCCACCGCUGCAAACAUGGUCGAGGCGUUUGUUGGAACAUGGAACAUGAAGGAGAGCGACAAAUUCGACGACUACAUGAAGGAGCUGGGCGUGGGUUUCGCCACACGUAAAUUGGGCAACAUGACCAAACCCACAACUAUCAUCUCGGUGGAUGGAGAUAAGGUGACUGUGAAGACUCAGAGUACCAUCAAAAACACAGAGCUGAGCUUCACGCUUGGAGAGGAGUUUGAUGAGGUCACAGCCGAUGACAGGAAGGUUAAGUCCUUAGUGACAAUAGAGGACGGGAAGAUGGUCCACAUUCAGAAAUGGGACGGCAAAGAAACCAGUCUAGUGAGAGAAGUCAACGGAAACGCCCUCACCCUGACACUUACACUUGGAGCUGUUGUUUGCACACGUCGCUAUGAGAAAGCUGAGUAAAACCCCAUUGUGAAGUCCGCCUGUCACAGUCCCCAUCUCUGAAUCCCGAAACAUCUAAAACAUCUCAAACCCAUGUCUAGCAAAUGCCUUAAAUGGAUGUUAAGGUUCACCUUUAUAGGCCACAGUCAGUGAUAAAGAACAUUUGAGAUCCUUUGCUUGUUCAUACCACAGACUUCUGUCCCAAACAAUUUGUUGAUUUUUGUUGUGUUUUGAAUGUUGUGAUGCCGAAGAUAAACCAAGUAGAGUGUUAAGAAUUUGAAACUACUGAGUUCUGUGAAUAAAAACGGUUUGAAGGUC